AUGACAAUCGCCGCCAAAAACACACCCGGCAACAACAGCAUAUUGUUCUCGCACCGCUUGGACAGGCAGGCUCACGUUGAGUUCUUCACAACAGAGAAUGGAAAGGUGGAAGGUUGGUGUCCAACGCCAUCGCUUCGUUUUAACGAUACCACACAGCCAGGCGACGAGGCCACAUUUGAUCGGGUCAACGACAUCCUAUUUGCUGGGCUUCUUAGCGACGGUCAACAGCGUAUGUGCAAGAUCUCCUGCGUAAACGGAUCUUGGAUAGGGCCUAUCUGCUCGACAAAUGCUGAUGGCACCUUCAACACACAGCCUGCACCAGUUCUGUUUCGCUCGUGUAUCAUCAAUGAACAGGAGCUUAAAUACGACGAGACCCGCCAAAAUCUCAGCAUCUUCGUUGACGAAGUGCGGCCAUUAUCCUUCGACAACGGAAUUGAUUAUAUACAGGUGGAGCAUGGCACCAUACUUAAUUUCAGGUGCAAUGACAUCUUCAAGUUCAAAUUGGAAGGAGUGACUUCAACGAGAUGUGUCGACGGCGAAUGGACCGAGGACGUUCCCGAAUGCCUUCCGACGGCAGCCAUUUCAAAUGCUAACUCGACCCAAGAAGAGUUGGAAUUCCCGCCUACGUUGGAUUUCCUCGUCGAAAAGGGCGAGUAUGGCAUUUCCGAAACAGGAGAGCUGGUCGUGUCACCCGGUUCUAAUCUCUAUUUAUACUGCUUGUUCGAGCGGCACCAAGGGAAUCCACAGUGGUCCUGGACCACUGAACGUGAAUACGGCCGCGUAUGGGUGCUCAAAGAUAACGAAUGGAGGUAUGAGCUUAUGCUGUACGGAGCACGUGACGAAGAUUCUGGUGUGUUUACAUGUACAACACCGCGUGAAAAAAAAAAUUCGAUCGCUAUUAAAGUCAAAGAUGUGACGUGUGGCAAAAUCGAAGGUGAAGAGGAUGAUCAACGUGUGACGUCCGAAUAUCAGAAUCGUCUGCAUUCGCGGGCUAAGUUCGCCUGUAUGGAGGGCUACAUGGUGCAGGGCUCCGAGGAGAUUCGUUGUCUCGCGUCAGGCAAAUGGUCUGACCGCGCCCCCUUUUGCAAACGAAUAAUGUGUCCGCCAAUCGUUGCCAGUAGCUAUGUCGAGAUGAGUUCCCAGGAGCGGAUGUACGGUACCCGUGUGGUGUUUAGCUGUCCCGGUGGCCAACGUAUCGUUGGGGCUUCUUCGAUAACCUGCCUUCGAAAUGAGACCUGGUCCGAUAUGCCGCCGAACUGCGAGGUUGUUCGCUGCGAGGCCCCUCUUCCGCCACCGAACGGACGGGUUAUCUACUCUGGACGCUUCCUUCCCGCGGGCGAAAUCGUCACGUUCGCUUGUAACGCAGGACAUAUUCUCAUUGGACACUCACAGACGAUGUGCCAAUACAACGGAACCUGGUCUCGAUCGGCGCCCCGAUGCAAGCCUGCCUGCGAAUUCCCUGGGAAGCCGUCGCAUGGACGACUGCUUCCUCGUAAAUUCCAUUACGACGUCGGCGAAAGUGUGCAGGUCCAUUGCAACCAGGGCUAUCGAGUACUCAAGGCGCCGAAGCUGACCUGUCUGGACAAUGGGCUGUGGUCAUCACAGAUGCCGCAUUGUCGACGUAAGCUCUCACCGCAUAAGAAGAAGCAGCAUCAAAUCAAGGCGGCAACAAGCACGACGUCCUAUCCAGGAGAAAAACGAACGACAACAUGAACCCCUCGACUAAAUCGGUCGGCAAACGCAAAAGAGGGCGGGGGGCGGGGGUAGCAGACGCUUUCAGAAAAGGGGGUUAGUGUUGGUGAGGUAAUCGAAAGUCAAAAGAAAUCUCCAAUCAAUCGAUAUUCAGAACCCUCCACCGCCGUGUACGUAUGGAACUCCGAUCGACUCGACCUCAGUCUCAAAUCGAAUAGUCCGAGGAGGGGCGGUACAGGAAGGCUGCCAUCAUACUAGUCAUUCAUAGGAAGCUUCUACCAAGGCGACGAGUGAGAAUCGUGCAUCGGUCAACGGCCGGAUAGAGGGAAACAAAACGCAAUUCGUCAUUCAAAAAAUGAGCGUUCUAGAAAAAGCUAGAAAAGAAAUUCAUGAUAUCCUUCGUCAGAUGCCCAACCACCGAAUCGAAUUCGCACGGGUACAGAAAGGCAGACAGUACGGUAAAUCGCUUGAGUAUCAUUACUCAACCCUUAUUUGACACAUUACAGGUAAGAUGUAGACAAUUUAAAUAAAAGCAUAAUUUCUGUGACGAUACCCAUAUAAGGAGAACUUCUGCAACAGAUCUGCUGAUGAUGAUGACGAUGAUACUGAAAAUAAACAUAAUAGCAUUGUUA